CAAAAAAGCGAGUGACAUUGCUUGUUAUCAGCGGAAUAAUAAUAUUAAAUUUUCCUAAUAUAAUUCUAUUGCAUUUCGCCAAUUUUACGGAAUAAUCGAGAACACCGAUUACGCUUUUGGCAACUAGUGCUUUAAAGUUUACCUCCGAUGAGAAUUUAUGAGUGUUUAUUUCAAGCGACAAAAAGUUGAAAAAAAUGACUCAGCCAAAGCAAUUACACUUGGGCACCUGCUUGGAAGAUUUGGACCAAAUUUACAAAAUAGAGAAAAGCACGACUGCCAGAAAAGUUCUGCAUUUGUGCGGAAGUGCCAAUAAGUUGAAGGAAUUGGCUGAUCGUCAUUAUUUGGAUCGCGAUGAGGAAAACGCCUAUGUGUUGUAUAUGCGCUAUAUAUUGCUGCUGAAAGCCAUCAAGGAUAACAAAGAUUAUUCCGACAAAAAGACGAAAGUCUUGGAGGUCCUCGGAAGCAAUAAGGAGGUUCACGUCAUAAUGGACAAGCUAGAAAAAUUAAAGGACAGCCUUGGCCGUCGUUAUGCAAUGGCCAAUACGAAAAAGAUGCGUGAAGCUAGCAGAGCUAUCAGCCCCGUAAUCCAAGUGGAACCGAAAGUCAGCAACCGGAAGCUUUACGUAGAUGCCGGAGAUUUGUACACCAUGAUCAACGACAGCAAGUUUAGCAUGUUGAUUGUUGAUUGCCGGUCGAAGCAGGAUUUCGAGGCUUCUAGCAUCAAGUAUGAGUAUUUGGUCAAUGUGCCGGCCCAUCUUUUGGUUGCUGGCAUGACUGCUGGGAAGAUACAUGAGCGUUUGGAACUCCCGUAUCGAACCUAUUGGACAUCUAGAUCGAUUAAAGAACACGUUGUGCUCAUGGAUGCAGACUCAAGGGGCAUUCCGUCCAAAGAUACGCCUUUGUGGGUGCUUUUCGACAUAUUAACAGAUUGGGAUCCCGAUGUUGUUUAUAAAAAUCCGAUUUUGAGAGUUGAAGGUGGCUACUAUGACUUUAUGUUGCGAUAUCCAAUGUGCUGCAAAAAUCCACGAUCGAUUCCCAGCUCGUUACCGCCAAUCGACUAUCACCUCAAUAUCGAGUAUCCAGAUGACAUUGAAUACCAAAAUGUCAGCGACAUACCGAUGAAAGAUGAUAGUUUUGGCAGCGCUCAACCGAAUGCUCGACCUUUGGUAGAUCGUAACAGCAAAGCUGCGGCUUUGCAAAUUUACGAUGGGAAACCCAAACAAGUCGCACUCGAAGAACAGGAGAAGCUCUUGGAUAAAUCGAUCCAGAAUGAACGGGAAAUUAUAACAACGGCGCAGCAAAUGGAUCAAACCUUUGCCAAGGAACAAACAUCGGUCGACGAUGAGGAGAAAAUGGAACUGCGCAAGCAGCUUGUAGAGCAGAGACACAAGCUUAUGCAAAUGGAACUGGCGCAGAACGACUAUAUGUUGGAAAACAAAAAUCUUAAGGAAAUGAUCAAACAGGCUGAAAUACAGCAAGAACAUGGCAAGAUGAUUACUCCACAAGAAGCAUCCACGAUCGAAGAAGAAGCUAUGCGACGGCGCAGAAUUCGAGAGAAAGAAGAAGAACAGCAUCGAGCGGAGGAAGAACGCAAGCGACUUUUGAAAGAAAUGCAGAGCGUUGUAGAUCCUCCAAAACCACCCAAGAUCCCCCAGUUCGAUCGCACUGUAAAACCGGUGCCUCCGAAGUCUGAUAUUAACAGAAACGUACCUCCGCAAAUAGUUAAACGCAGCUUCUCGCCAGUUCUGGGCGCUGUGCGUGUCGGAUUGACCGGACUUAAAAAUUUAGGAAAUACAUGCUACAUGAACAGCAUACUCCAGUGCCUAAGUAAUACAUCGAUGCUGAGGGAGUAUUUCCUGAAAGAAAUGUUCAGACAACAUCUCAACAGAUCUAACAAAACUCAGGGCCGAAUCUGUGAAGAAGUGGCAGCUGUGAUAGAAGCCCUUUGGACCGGUCAAUAUAAAUGUAUUGCUAGUAAAAACUUAAGGUACGUUGUUGGGCAGUAUGAAGGCCAGUUUGGCGGAAUUGAGCAGCAAGACUCGCAUGAGUUUCUCACCAUCCUAAUGGACUGGCUGCAUUCAGAUUUGCAAACCAUUCCGAUCAGGAUUGAUCCGAGUGUGCAGAACAUUCCCGCCUCCGAAAAAGCCCUGAUGGAUUACUUAAAAGGAAAGGAGAGCUACAUUUCACAGCUGUUCUACGGUCAGAUCAAAAGCACUCUGAAGUGUAUUGCCUGUGGGAAAGAAAGUGCAACUUAUGAAUCUUUUUCAAAUCUCAGUUUAGAACUUCCUUUAGCUGCCAAUCGGUGCCAUUUACAGGACUGCUUGGAAAUGUACUUUAACGGUGAAAGGGUUGCAGGCUGGCACUGCCCUAACUGCAAACAGAACCAGGAUGCUAUUAAAAAGUUAGAUAUAUCUCGACUACCCUCGAUAUUGGUGGUCCACUUUAAACGAUUCUAUGCUGACCCGGAAGCGAUUUCCACGGUCUAUCGAAAGAAGCAGAACUAUGUCAAGUUCCCUCUAGUCGAUUUCGACAUCUCCAAAUUCAUCGCUCCAUCGGAAAUGAAUCGAAACAAAAAUCUCAGGCGUCGCCGGUACCAUCUCUACGGAGUAUCGAAUCACUACGGUUCGAUGGAAAGUGGCCACUACACAGCAUUCUGCCGGAAUUCGAUGCAUCAAAAGUGGUACAAGUUCGACGACCACACCGUUUCUAGUCUUGAUGGCUCCGAUGUAUGCUCCAGUGCUGCAUACAUUCUGUUCUACUCCUCUUUCCCGGAACAGGCGGACCUGCAAAUGCGAUAGGGCUUACCUUGAUGAAACAUUUCCGUACUUGUUGAUAUUUUCUUCAAAUUUUUGUACCCAAAUUCCAUUAUAUUUUGUUUUUAUGCGAGAGUUUAUUCUAUGAGAAAGCAAACCAGUGACUCGACCUUGUCUUCAAAGGAGGUUCCAUGAUGGAGGUUCUUUGGCAAAUUUGAUUGAUCGAAAGCAAUGAUUGCUAGCCUUUCAUCGAUCGAUCGAAAGUACUGUGAUUAUCAAUCAAAACGCAUCGGAUAAGAUUACCUACAUAUAUGAAAAUAGAUCCGAGUAUAUUUUAAAUAUGUAAAAUA